AUGGAUAACACAGUCUGGGAGAGCACUGUUCGAAGAGAUAACCACAUGCAGCCAAUAUCCAACCCAAUCCACCGACUAAGUGCAUUAGUGCACUUAACGGUAACGCCAGUAGCUCUGGGUGUUCUGGCGCUUCCAGGUGUGGCGGCGACCGGACUUGGUGUUGUUGUAGCGGUGGCCCUUGUUGAUACCACGGGACUUCUUGCCAGUAGCGGUGAGACCACGGCUCUCACGGUGCUGUUGGAAAACUGUAUCAAUCCAGUUGAUGCGGGCAUCACGGCGGAUAGCCUUGUGCUGGGGGUCAACGAGGAUGACCUCGAAGUACUUGUAGGUGGAGUCCUGGUUGAUCCAGUAGGAGUUCAGGACACGCAGGUUGGCGCAGCGGCGGCCAACACGCUCCUCAGCAGUGGCGCGCAGAGCACGCUGGUACUUGAGCUGGUUGACACCCUGGUUAGUGGGCUUGCCGUAGGUGGCACCCUUGGGCACCGGGCGCUUGCGGCCACCGCGGCGGACACGGAUGCGGUAGACAACGUAGCCCUGCUUGGCCUUGUAGCCGAGACGGCGAGCCUUGUCGGGGCGGGAGGGGCGCGAAGCACGGUGGAUGGCGUUCAGCUGGCGGAGCUAUAUUGA